AUGAGUUCCUCAGAUCCUGCCUCCCUGCUGGUAUCUGCAGCAGUCCCAGCAUUCAAAUGUCCUGCUGGGACAAAGAUGCACAUUUUAAACUUGGGCACUCUCCAAGCAGAUGAAUCAUGGAUCUUCCGAGGUGGCAAUGCAAGCUCCCUGAGCAAUCUCAAUCCAGAGAACAAACGUCGAGAUUUAGUGCUCCUGUCAGCUUUGAUUGAGUAUCCGGGAGUUGGUCUCAUUCUUUACGAGACAGGCUGUGCCGAGGAUCUAGACGUGAAAUGGCCAGCGCCAGUCACGGAUCUCUUUCCGCGAACAGAAUACUCCGAAAACCAUAAGCUCCCAAAUGCUAUCAAAGCCACUGGGAAUGAUAUCAAAGAUGUGAAAGCGGUCAUUAUUGGUCACCUGCACCUUGAUCAUGCCGGAGGCCUUGAGCACUUUGCGAACACAGAUGUCCCAAUCUAUGUCCACGAAGAAGAAUUCAAACACGCUUGCUGGGCAGUGGCAACCGGAGCAGACUUGGGCGUCUACCUGGGACACUAUAUGCUGCUCGAAGAGUUGAAAUGGAACACCUUCAAUGAGUCCCAACUUGACCUGUUCCAAGGCAUAACACUCCACCACUCACCUGGCCAUACACCUGGACUCUGCAUUAUGCAAGUCAAUCUUGCAAAUGAUGGACCAUUUAUUUGGACCUCGGACCAGUUCCACGUUGCAGAGAAUUAUAACCUGGGCCAUCCUCACGGAGGAUUAGCGAGAGAUCACAAUGCAUGGUAUCGCAGUCUCAACAUGAUUCGCAGACUCCAAAGACUGUACAAUGCGACGUUGAUUUUCGGUCAUGACAGAGAGGUUGCCUACAAGCUGAUGAACGCGAAGUCGUACUAUGAGUGA